AUGAGUGGUGGUUGUCCUCCGACGGAGGAGACGAGGAAAGAGACAAACAACGCCGUGGAUGAUGAUGACGAUAAAGAUGAUGAUGAUGAUGAUAAAGAUAUUUCAAUGUGCGAGUUCAGAGUCGCGUGCGUGCAGUUUGAACCCGCUCACGGUGACCGAACAAAGUCUUUCGAGAAGUGCUUGAGAAUGCUCGAUGCGCACGAACAUGUGUUAUUAUCGUCCUCGUCGUCGUCAGUCGUCGCGCCUUUGUCCAUCAUCCAGUUUCCGGAGAUGUGUUUUACCGGGUACACGUUUGACUCUCGAGAGGAAAUUGAACCUUUCGUCGAAUGGGAUGACGAAGAGGAGGAGGAAGCUGUGACCAGGCAGUUUUUAUCCUCCGUCGCGAAAAGGUUUGACUGUCUCGCGAGUGCUGGGUACGUGAGAGGCAUUCGCGAUGCAGGAAGAAAAAUGUAUUAUAACGCGGUGCAAGUUAUCGAUGAAGCAGGGCGCGUGAUUCUGAGAGCGAAUAAGCACCACUUGUAUUGCAUCGACGAGACGUGGGCGGACGAAGAUAUCGAGAGUGGGUUCACGUCCCUAGAACUCGUGUUAAAAGCGAAAGGUAUUGGUAAUACUAAUAGUAGUAGGAGCAGUAGUAGUAAAGUAGAAGAAUACAGAAUUAAAACGACGGUUGGUAUAUGCAUGGAUAUUAACCCGUACAAGUUUGAAGCGCCGUGGGGUGCGUUUGAGUUUGCCAAGACGAUCGAGAAAGCGAGUUCUUCUUUAAUCUUGUUCGCCUCCGCGUGGACAAACGCGCAUCCAGACGACGAUGCGGAAACGAAAGCAAUCGUUCCAGACCGAACGGAAACGUGGAAUUACUGGUUUAAUCGAUUACUUCCUCUGUUCGUAGACCAGGAAAAAGAAGGAGAAGAAGGAAUACUACGACCUCGAAAAAGGGCUUUUGUUUUCGCCAACAGAGUAGGCGUUGAGCGCGAAAUUCAUUUCAGGAGGUAA